AUGUUGAACAAAUAUGGGAACGAAAUAAAGAAGCUCUAUGGUCCGGAUCCUUGGAUGUACCGAAUAAUGACACCAGUUGUUCUCUUUCAGAUUUUUCUUGCUACUCAGGCGUCUGAAAUGAGCUGGCCAACAUUUUUAUUUGUGGCCUAUUUUAUUGGGGGUACAAUAACGCACAGCGCGUUUUUGGCCAUUCAUGAAGUUACGCAUGAUUUGGGUUUUAAGACACGGCUAUACAAUGAUUACUACGCUAUGUUUAUCAAUCUGAUAGUGCCGUUUCCCUAUGCAAUGAUGUUUAAGACUUAUCAUGCAGACCACCACCAUUACCUUGGUUGGGAGACGGUGGACGUGGACGUACCAACGGUUCUUGAAGGAAGACUUCUGUCCAACUACAUUGGGAAAAUGUUCUUUAUUACUUUCCAGAUUCUGUUCUAUGCUCUCCGUCCUGUUAUCGUGCGGAGAAUUGCCUUUCAGAACACGCAUAUCAUCAACUACGCCGUGCAGAUCACAUUCAAUUUGAUCAUGUACAGACUUUUUGGCGGCUGGUCGCUGCUGUAUUUUGUGGCCUGCAUUUUCUUGGGUGCCAGUUGGCACCCUUUUGCGGGUCACUUUAUUUCGGAACACUUCAUUUUUAAGGGCGAAGGCAAGCAAGAAACCUUCUCCUACUAUGGACCUCUGAACUGGUUGACAUGGAACGCCGGAUAUCAUGUUGAACACCACGACUUCCCAAACAUUCCCUGGACUCGAGUACAUAAGCUUCGCCAAAUUGCUCCCGAGUUCUAUGAUGGUUUACUUGUCACGGAGUCUUGGCCAGGUACUCUGUUCGAUUUCCUCCUUGACACCAAGGUGAACCAGUUCUCUCGGGUUCUGCGUGAAAAGGGUACUUUUCGACGGAAGAAUUGGAUACCGACUUCAACUGAACCACUUUCUGUGCCAGGAACUACUUAG